AUGAGCUCCCCAGGACAAUCGCAGGUUCAGCUGCAACCGCCCAAAGGCCCCGGUGCUGUCGAAAAAGAUCCACAGGGCCUGGCAACUAGCGACGAUGGACCGGAUCCAGGCGAGCACCUUGAAGGCGCUCGAAUGUACAGCGUCACGGCGGCCCUGUUGACAGCCAUCUUCCUGGGCACUCUAGACGCGUCGAUCCUUGCGACCGCCAUUCCCCAGAUCACCGCGCGAUUUCACUCCACUCUCGAUAUAGGCUGGUAUGCCUCGAUCUAUAUGAUGGCCACAUGUGCCAUACUCCCCAUGGCGGGAAUGUUCUACUCCUAUUUCUCGGCCAAGUACACCUUCAUGGGCUUUCUAUUCGUAUUCGAACUCGGAUCCUUGCUUUCCGCCGCCGCCGUUUCCUCGAAAAUGUUGAUCGUUGGACGGGCCAUCGCCGGGCUGGGAAGCGCCGGCAUCUACAACGGAGGACUGACGAUUAUGGGAGAAAGGGAUGAAGCCAUCGACCCGGGCCUGGCAAAUUGGACUCGGGACCUCGGUGGCGACCAUGGGAUCGGUGUUUGGCCCUCUGAUCGGCGGUGCUUUGACAUCGCGGGUCUCGUGGCGUUGGUGUAG